GCAGCCCUGUGCGCUCCCUGCAUCACCGGUCACCGCCCUCCCUAGGCCCCGCCGCCCCACUCUCCGCAGGCCACACCGUCCCCUGCAUCGCCGGCUGCCACCCUCACUAGGCCCCGGCGCACUGCUGUCUGCAGGCCGCAGCGUCGUCCGUAGGCCGCUCCUCCCAGGUUGGGUCGCUGCCCUCCCCAGGUUGCUGUCGGCCGUUCCCCGAGCCGCCGCCCUCUCAGAUGGGAUUUAACGAGUGAAGAAUUUUGUGUUCAAACAUUCAAGAUUGAGCUCCAAAGAGAACUAGUAAUUCUUGGUUGUUGACACCAAUCAGGUCUAGUUUUGGUUAGAGCAACAACAUAGCAAUAUAGUAUGAACGAUGAGAAAAGUCGGAUCAAGUGUCGGCCGAAGUGGAGAAAAGUUGCCUAUGGAGGAAGACAGCCAGGCUAUGAUGAUAACUACACUGACGAGUCAUUCCUUGAGGAGAUGGUUAUGAAUGCCAAUGUUGUUAAGAGGGACCUUCUGAAAGUGAUGAUCGACUCGGUCUCCAUAUCCCAAUAUAUCUGCAUUGUUGCUCUUGUGGUUUCAACAUGGGCCUAUACAUUGAACUUAGUCAUUGAUGAAGUCACUCUUUUGAAACUAGACACUGGUCUUCUGCUCGUCGGGUUCUCAAUGCUCUUACUCACAGCCUGUCCAUUCUCGCUGAAGCUUCUCUUUAAGUAUGUUCUCAAUAUAUCAUUCUUUAUCAGUGGUCUAUAUGUUUUGGCACCAAUUUAUCAAACCCUCACUAGGUCCAUCAGUUCAGAUUCCAUAUGGGCACUUGCUGUAUGCCUUCUGUUGGUUCAUCUAUUUCUGCAUGAUUAUUCUGGUUCAACUAUCAGGCCACCAGGUGCACUCAACAACCCAAAAUUGACCAGCAAUAUCUCCUUGAAUGCAUCGAUAGUAGCAUCCGUCCUUGUAGCUUCGCGCUUGCCAUCUAGGCUGCAUGUCUUUGCAAUCAUGCUCUUCUCCUUGCAGAUUUUCCUGUUUGUGCCCCUCAUUGCGUUUUGUAUUAAGAAGUACUCUCUUAGACUUCACCUGCUAUUCUCCUUUGCUCUGAUGGACAUGACCCUAUGCGUCACAUGCCAGUUGCACCGCAUGUUCUUCAUCCUACUGCUGGUGCUCCUUGUUUUUAUCUCAAUCCUUUGCCCUUACUGGCUUAUAAGGAUUCAGGAAUACAAAUUUGAGAUUAAUGGUCCCUGGGAUGAAGCUAAACUCUGCUUUGAUAUAACUGAAUAGUAACAGAGGAAAGCACAUGUGCAGGAUUUUGGUUUAGUGUACAUUGUCUAUAAUUGUUGUAUAGUUAGUCUUAUUCUGAGCAAUUCAUGUGCAUGUAUAUACUCUCCUUAACAGACUUGUUCUGUUACUUGCUGUUUUACUCGACAAUACAUGAAUAUGUUCAUUGAUCAA